AUGGCAACCCAGUCACUACGAAAUAUUAUCGUUGUUGGAGGGUCGUUUGUGGGUCGAAUAACCGCUCAGGAACUGGCGCGGGUCAUCCCUGCGACGCACAGAGUGCUGUUGACUGAGCCCCACAGCCACUUCCACCAUCUGUUUACCUUCCCUCGAUUUGCCAUCGUCCCUGGUCAAGAACAUAAAGCAUUUAUCCCAUACAAUGGAAUCUUCUCGGCGGUGCCGAACCCAACUUCACAUGGUGUUGUGCCAGCCCGCGUUCUGUCAGUGGCAUCGCAACAUGUGGAGCUCGAUCGCGAAUGGCAAGGCUCGAAACAGAUUACGUUUGAUUUCCUGGUUCUCGCCACGGGAACACGUCUUUCUCAGCCAGCAGGGAUGAAGAACGACGACAAACCAUCAUCCGUGGAGUAUCUGCAGAGGCACCAGGCGGAUGUGAAAAGAUCACGGUCGAUUCUCAUUGUCGGCGGCGGCGCGGUCGGUGUGCAGAUGGCAACCGAUUUGAAAGAAUACUAUCCUGACAAGAAGGUGACGGUUGUUCAAUCACGACCACGCGUGAUGCCGAAUUUCCAUCCCCAACUGCACGAACUCAUCAAGCGGCGGUUCGAUGAGCUCGGAGUCCAACUCAUCACUGGCUCUCGGGUCAAGAUCCCCCCGAGUGGAUUUUCCAAUGACGGCAACGAGUUCCCCGUACAGCUCACUAAUGGUACUACGGAGUCGACUGAGUUGGUGAUCUUGGCAACGGGACAAACCCCGAAUAAUCAAAUGGUCGCGAAUCUGAAGCCUACGUCGGGCACUGAUGCUAUAGUGAACCCAGAUAACGGGUUUAUUCGCAUCCGACCAACCAUGCAGUUCCAAGACGAGCAGUAUCCGCACUUGUUUGCCGUGGGAGAUAUCGCAGAUACUGGAGCUCAGAAAGCUGCUCGGCCUGGGGCCGCGCAGGCGGCCGUGGUUGCUAAAAACAUUCAGUCUCUGAUUGAGGGACGAGCACCGGACGAGGCCUUUGUCAAAGGGCCAGGUGCAAUCCAUCUCACACUUGGCAUGAAAUACAAUGUGGUCUUCCGUAACCCGAAUGUGGCAGAAGGUCAGACAGAACCUUGGAUCAAUGAGAAGGAUGACGGCCGCGAAGAUAUGAAUGUGGAAGCCAUGUGGCAGAGGCUAGGUAUCGAAGUGGAGAAUCCGCCGCAAUAUCAUCUGUGA